AUGUUUGCAAAUAUUGACAGAUUUGUCACUCGGCGUGAAAGUCGAGGGUGUCGGGAGCAGAGUAAAAUAGAAGGCUUCGACUCUCCGAACCCUGACAUGCCUGACAGCCCAUGUACAGAAUAUAUGUCGGUAGGCGCACCUUAUUGGUCGCCGCUCCGUGACGUCACAGCUCCGCUUCCACCAAUGGCGCGACGAGGUUCUGCGCAUGUCCGAGGAGGCUUCGACGGAGCUCGCCCGAAGGCUGGCAGUCUGGGCUCGCGAAUCCCAGUCGCCCCGAGGGGCUCGACCGUGGAGGACGAGGGGGGAGCGUUGUUCGGGCGGCUGCAGGGGGCGCUGCGGGGCGGCGCCGCGGCCGCUUCGCCCUCGCGCGUCGCUAGCUCCAUCAAGGGCUACCUCACUAACAAGGUCGGCUCGCUGCAAUUGCGGGAUACAGGGAAUGUUGACCAAACACAGAUCCUCGCUGAACAAACAGGAGAGUUGCGAGGAGUAAAUGUUUGUCGACGCCUUGUUAGUCGGUACCCUCGUGACGUCACAGGCAAACAGGCGCGUGUAGUUUGUUGCAGGAUGCGUACGUCGCGCUAA